UAGUUGAGUGACCCUUGUCGUACGCAUUCCUCCCUCCCCUCCAUGACCCCCGCAGGACGCUACACGCCACCUUUGUUUACCUGUGAUCUCCUCGCUCUCCACCUCACCAUAUCCUUGUGUUACCUGCCCUCCACCAUUUCCCCGUCCAUUAAAUUGAGGCAUCACUCACCCCACUGCUGGCCUUCAGGAUGGGGACACGAGUAGCUGGUGGUCUCCACUUCUCCGACAAGUCCCUGGUGGGGGUGUCAAGGCUUCUUGAGGAUCUGCAGCAUCUGUUGGAGGAUAAGGACUCUGCUGAUAUAAUAUUUGUCAUUGGGCGGGAGGAGACACACAUAGCUGCUCACAAGCUUAUCCUCAAGGCCAGAUGCAAAAGCUUUGUGGAGGCGUCAGGCGGAGAGGUGUGUGUCAUCCCUGGCAGCACUGUGACUCCGGGUAGCCCCCACACUACCAUUCGCUUGCCACAGUACCAGCCUGUCAUCUUUCGGCAGGUCAUCAACUACAUCUACACGGGCAAGGUUGUAAUGAGUGACAGUGGAGUGUUUGAAGUGCAUGGAGUGGCUCAUGACCUUGGGCUGGAGGAACUCUGCCAGCACUGUGAGGACCACAUUGCCACCACCAUGACACCCCACAACGCCUGCACCUUCCUCAUGGCCGCCCUCAAGAUGGAGCAACGCACGGGAGGGAGCAAGGGAAGCCGUUCCUUUGUGGACCGCUGUGUGGCCUAUAUUGGUGAGAAUGCACUGGAAUGUAUGCAGACAUCUUCCUUCCUAAACCUGUCCCGGGAAGCACUCAUACGCCUCAUCUCCUCUGAUAAUCUAGCUCUGGAGGAGGAAGAUGUGUGGCGUGGGGUCCUCAACUGGGCCAAGUAUGGUGCGGGUGUGGCCCAGCCCACGGCACACUGGACAGAGGAGGAGAGGCUUCGUGUGUGUCAACAGCUUCAGGGUGUUAUUAAUCAUGUUCGACUCCUGCUCAUUGACAGCCAGGUGUUUGCUGAAGAGGUGGAGCCAACAGGAGCAGUGCCUAUGGAGCUUUCCCUGGAGAGAUAUCGCUAUGCUGCCCUUCCCAAUAAGUUUAAGGAUAACUCGACCAAUGAGGACAAGCGACUUCAACCCAGAGUGUCCCUAAAGCUGUUUGCUGGCUCUCAGAUACUGAUCAAUGAGAAGAUGUCCCUCCAGCGGAUCCUUAACAACUGGUAUGGCGUCAACAAACAGAUGUGGCGUCUGGUGUACCGAGCAUCUACUCAUGGCUAUUCAGCUGAUGCCUUCCACCGCCACUGUGAUGGUGUGGCACCCACCUAUACAAUUGUCAUGGGUCAGCAUGGAGAGAUCUGUGGAGGGUUUAGUGAUGUCCCUUGGGGCAAGACUACCAUGAAGGGUAGAUACGUUGCCUCUGACAAAGCUUUCCUUUUCACCCUUGUCAACAACCAGGACAUCCCCCCUACAAAAUUUCCAGUCAUAAAGAAGAUGUUUGCCAUCUGCUACCAUCCAGACUGUGGCCCAAUCUUUGGUGCUGGGGCAGACCUCUUCAUUGCAGGGAACUGCAACCAAAACCUUGAGAGUUACUCCAACCUGCCCCAUUCAUAUGAUGGUGAAAAUGCUUCCUGCAAUACUCUGAUGAGUGACUACAACUUCACAGUGCUAGACUAUGAGGUGUUCUCUCCCUAUGGAAAGUGAUGUCACUGUGGUGGUGUGGGGAGGAAGUGAUUGGACUGUGGAUAUUUGUGGUUGUCCUGGGAGAAAAGUAAUGGAGUAUGAGAAAUGUGUUACUGUCUAAGAAAAAAAAAAAAAGAGAGAGAAAUAUUCAUUGCAUAUGAGACAAUCUUACCACUACACAUACUUGCUGGAGUGUCACAUUCUGUGAUCAAGUAAAAAUGUUUCUAUGUGCAAUAUUUCAUCCUUCUGAUGAAGUUAUUCCCAUUGUUCAUUAUGACAUGGCUGUCAUUGGAGUCCCUUUGUAUUUGUGUCUCAUAUGUUUGUUCUGUUGUUAUUAUCUUUAUGUUAGUACAAUGAUUCAGUGUCUUUCUGAAUAUGUUUAUCCAAUAUUUUACAUUAAAAUAACAAAAUAAGUAAAUAGAUAUUUUCAUCAUAACUUAGAUGAAAACUGACUAUUAUUUAGGUAUUGUAAAUACUGACAUAUCUGUUCAUGUUAACUUAUGAUUGAAUUCCUUAUCUUCCUCUCAUGAUGUGAUGUGAAGUGAUGAGUAAAUCCUGACUGUUCCUUCCUGAUUCACUCAGUGAUUAUUUAGAAGAGAAAGCAGCUGACUGGUUGUCCCUAGGCUCUCAAGGAAGGGAGAAGGUAAAGAGAUUUUGUAUCUAGCUGAUUAGGGAAAAGCUAAACAGCAUCAGUUUGCUUCUGCAAAUAGUUUUCUUGUUGAAAAAUUAUAAUUAAGGUUUUACAAGUGGAUUUAUAUAUAGGAAAACUUAAGCCCUGAAGGUUGUUAUAUUUGUUGAUUUAUUUUUAAAAUAUAUUGUGUAGUAUCAA